GAAGAUAAAGGGUGCACAUGACCCAUAAGUACCGGUUGAGAACACUAAUUGACCACCAUCCAAACUGCUAUUUUUAAAACGUUCUUUCGAGUGAUCUUGUAACGUCACCUCCAAGUUUCCGUUGAAAGGAGAGAGCCAUUUUAAAUUCACCUGAAAUGCUCGAAUCUCUACUUUUAACACUAUGUAACCGACCAAUACAACCAAAGUGACUGAUAUGACUAGUACAACUUGAAUACGACCCUUCAUUUGAAAGAUGAUGAAGCAUCUGAUAAACGUAAACGAAGAGCGAGGGUAUACCUAAAUAUCUCUACCCUGUGUAGAAGUCCAAUUCAAUCCUGACUCAAUCCUUCUUCAACCCUCUUCCAAUCCUUAUCCAAUCAUCAACAAGAACGUUUAGCUGUCAUUCAGAUCAAAUUGUUUUGGGUGUAAGAUUAUAUAUACACUCCUCACUCCCCACACAUAAGUCUUUUGUCUGGCAGCAAACUUAACGAUCAUGUCCAACGACACUCAAAGCCAGAUAGACUCUACUGCAUCAGCACUGACAUAUCAAACGACUCAUUACAAUGAAGACAGAGGAGGUCUUAUUGUUGCAAUAUGUAUUCUGAAUCUCACAGUCAUCGUCACAACUGUAGUUGUUCGCUUGUAUGCUCAAAACACUAUUGGCAAAAUCCGGAGUCUGGAUUCAUGGCUGAUUUGUAUUGCUGCAAUCAUUGCAAUUGGUGUGAAUAUAUGUGAACUUGUCGCAAAGCAAAAUGGGCUCGGAAAACACUUUCUCAGAGUAAUGACUGAAGACUAUCAUCCACCCAAUAAUUACGUCACCGUUUUCAAGAUGGGAUAUGCAAUGUAUCUCCAACAAACCCUCGCCUUGAUGAUAACAAAGCUUUCAAUUCUGGCAUUCUAUCACCGUAUCUUCACUGUUAGGCACGUAACUUUCAAGUGGUCGAUCUAUGUUACAUCACUGGUAUCGCUGUGCGCGGGGAUAGCGACAUUCAUCGUCUUCGUAUUCCAAUGCAUACCUGUUGAACUGUUUUGGAACCGUAUAUACGAGUCACUUCCACCGCCAUACCCAGUGUCUCUUGAGGGCCAUUGUAUGUCUGCUACAAUCCAUGUCGUGGUGCCCCUCUUCUUCGACUUGGGGACGGAGAUCGUCAUUUUGGUCUUACCCGUUAUUGGCGUCUGGAAGUUGAAACUUCCAAUGAACAAGAAGCUGGGCCUCCUUACCGCUUUUUCCUUAGGAAUUUUCGUCACGGCAAUAAGUAUAGUGCGCCUUGUUUACACAUUCCCACUCGCUCAAGGCCCUGACAUGUCUUGGGACGACAUUGAUGUUUUUCUUUGGACCGCGAUACAAUGUUCUUUCAGUAUCGCAAGUGCCUGCGUGCCUACUAUGGCGCCACUAUAUCGAGUUCUCAGCGCGAAAUCGAAGUCAAGUUCGUACGGAAACCUCGAGCCAAGUAACUCUCGGCGACGAACUGCGCAACGAAGUGCUCCAUUGGAAUCAUAUGGCGAUACCUGGAUUGAAGAUUUCGAUAGAGACGAAGGGAACGGGAGUAAGAAUCAGUUUGUUAACGCCCAUGAAGCUAUGUGCUCAUCUGAUGUGGUUUCAAAGUCCUGCGGUAGGGGUUGCGAAUCAUCUGUUGCGGGACCUCAGAUCGAGAUGAAGAAGAUAAGCGUUCGUAAAGACAUAACUAUUCAAAGAUCUAGCAUGGUAUGAUUGGAAGAAGCGGGUAGCACUGGGAUAGGGCGGUGUCGUCUUUAGUUUCGUGCGAUUGUAAGAUCUUACAUUCAUUCUUCGAUAAAACGAUGUUGCUACCUUGGAAACACAUGGAAUGACAUGAUUGCAUCAGAUUAUUAAGCUCCAAAAAAAGUAAUGAUAUUCAAGUUUGUUUUUCAAAAUACUUAUAAGUAUUCAAUGGAACUUUAGAGUAGCUGUUUACAAGCAUUCGAAGGAAAGAACACUGAGAAAGACACGUAAUGUCUGUCCAGGGUGUACUUGAUUAGUUGUCACGGCGUCAACUACAUGUUCUGUCCGUGCCUUCGUGCCUUAGGCACGGACUACUAGCGUGCCCUACUUCCUAUAGGUAGGGUCUCACUCUUUCAUAGCUCUUCUACCCUUAUGGUACAAUAUAAUAAUAAUAAGUCUUUA